ACCACAAGCUCCAACUGAAGGCAGCCAUCCAGCACACCACUGGGUCAUGUGGCCUGCAGCUAACAAGUAGAGAGAGUGAUGCCAGUUUGAUGAGAAUGUGGAUAGAACCCUGGAGCAUUCAGCUAAGGGACAUUGGACCAAAAGCUCCAGAUUAUGACUAACAUCAUCAUUAAUAUUGUUGCACAAUGGUUCGACACCAAAGAACAACAGGUACCCAAGAACCAUAAAUUACAGUUACAGGAGGGAAAAACUUACUGGAGGAAGUCAACAGAGGUAUAAAGGCCACCAGAAGGUGCUGCAUUAAGACAGAUUAUUCAGCUCUCUAAAAAACACAUAUCUUUCCCAUCUUUAACCAUCACCAUGUUCUGGAACCUCCUCAUCGCCUCUUUCUUCAUAGGCUCAGCCUGUGCAAUGCACCUGGAGUAUCUGAAAGUUGACUCUGCCGAGGAACUCCUUGUUGGGACUUUGGAUUCUGUUGAUCAGGAUGAGGAUUUGCCAAUGCCUGAGGAACAGCUUCCUGGUGUGUGCUGGAUUUGUAAGUGGGUCAUGAAGAAAGUGAAAAAACAUCUUGGUAAUCGUGAAAAUGCAGAACAGAUUAAAGAAAAACUGAAGAGAGGCUGUGACAAAAUCGGACUCCUGAAAGAUCGGUGCAAGAAAAUCGUUGAUAAAAACAUUGAUAUCUUGGUGGAGGAACUUUCUACUGAUGACGAUCCCAAAACAAUGUGUGCUAAUGCUGGCAUUUGCAAGUCGGUGGGCAUGCUGGAGUUGAUCCAAGGAUUUCCGCAAAUCUACCAGAAGCUCUGAAGGAGCACAUGGCAACUCCAGAAUGGCAAGAAAUGAAUUAAACUGGGAAUAAGUGUUUAAAAUAUAAAUACUUGCAAAUCAUUCUGUGCUAAUAAAAUAU